CAACUACGCGUGAUGUCACACACGUGGGCGUGGCCAUCAGCGUGCGCUCAAAUACGUGGGCGGAGCCACGCGGGUUCAAAAACAGAUCGUGGGGGAACUGUUGACGCUUUGUACCACUUUUCUUUUCUUACAUUCCCCAAAGCUGAUUCUAAUUCGACAUUCCGGGCUCAAGCGCAUUGCUUCCAGUGGAAAAGGCUGGUUUCCAAAAUGAAGCCGCCUGGUGAAGAGGAGAAUCGGCGGCUGGGCACACUUUUGCUCAACACCCUGGAGAGAGAGAUGCGCCUUUGGAGAGCACCGGUCCUUAAAAACGGUUGCAUUCAGGGUUCAGACAUCCGCCCCCCUCAGUACCAUGAGGUGAUCGUGUGGUUGCGUGAAAUGAGCAGCCUAUUCCGGUUUUCCUCCGAGACGUUCGCUCUGGGAGUCUGCGUUCUCAACAGCCUGCUUGCAACAGUCAAAACUCAGUUGAAAUAUCUCAAAUGCAUGGCCAUCACCUCUCUUAUCCUUGCUGCAAAAAUCAACGAGGAAGAUGAGGUGAUCGCGUCGGUUAAAGACUUGCUGGAGCAAAGCAGAUGCACAUUCUCAACAGCGGAGAUUCUUCGCAUGGAGCGAGUCAUAUUAAACAAGCUGCACUGGGACCUUUACAUCGCCACGCCGGUCGACUUCGUUCACAUCGUGAGUCGUCAGAAAUCGCACAACCCUUUUAAUGCGCCCGUUGCAAACGUUAGCAAAAACUGACAUUUGGUCCUUGACGUUGUGCAUGUGGUAAUCUGCUUCUUUAGGGCAAUAUAAGUUAUUAGGCCAAGGCACUGAUCUGACUUGUACUUUAGCAGUAAAGCAGAUAGAUAACCCUGCAAAACAUCUCCAAUACAAAUAUACUAGCGCCAAAAAAUUGCAGCUACACUAUAUUGCCAAAAGUGUUAGCGCCUCCUCCUAACGACUACUUCAGUCAUUUCCAUGAGUACAAAUCUUACUGUUAAAGUAUGUAAUAUCAUAUAAUGAUAUUCUGGGGAACUGUGCUUCUAAUUUAUAGCAACAGUUUGGACAAGACCCCUUUCUAUUUGAAUGAUAAUGCCUCUGUGUACAAGGCACGGUUCAGAACCAACUGAUUGAGUCGGUGUGGAAGAACUUGACUGGUCUGGACUUAAAAAUGCAGACCUUGAGCCAAAAGGUCACGCAACUGAGAUAGAAAUACAUUUGUUUAGUUAUUUUAAAUGCAUGAAUUUAAAAUAUUUUUGUUGCCGCAGUUGUGGAAGUGCUUUUUCUGUUCUGAAGCAGGGGCGCAAAUACUUUUGUCCAAACAGUGUAUGUAGUCGUUGGUGUUUGGUGAUGAGUUUUGGGCUCAUUUAAAGUCACACCAGAGGUUUCUGCAGACCAGUCAAGUUCUUCCACACCGACUCAAUCAAUCAUUUCCUUUUUAGCCUCGCCUUAUACACAGAUGCAUUGUCAUAUUAGAAUAGAAAAGCCGUUCAAACCGUUGCUAUAAAAUGUAGAAGCACGCAAUUCCCUAGAAUACCAUUAUUUGGUUAAACAUUAAGAUUGGUACUCAUGGAAAUGACUAAAGUAGUCAAACCUGUUCAUCAAAAGGGGAUGUUCCAACACUUUUGGCAACAUGGCGCAUCUUCAUACUUUUGUCUUUCCUAGUGGUGUUCAGUUAAAAUGUGUAAAAAUAUGACUGACGUUCUUUGCACAAGUUAGUGUGGCAUAGACAUGGUCAGGAGGCAUUUAGAUCAGUCGGAUCAGUCAGACCAACAGUUAACAAAUGGAGAGCAGUUGCUGUUUUGGCACACCACAGUCAUAAAAUAGCCAUUAAAAAUGUGAAACGAGACCCUGUUAAAAAUACUUCAGAUUUUUUAAAUCAACAAAAAAAUCCAGACGUUAAAAAUCUCAUAAAUAUUUCAGGCAAAAAUUUAAAUUACGCCAGAAUCUACUCACCCCCAAGCCAUCCUAGGUGUAUAUGCCUUUCUACUUUUAGACGAACCCGGUCUGUUGUUUUAUUAUCCUGGCUCUUCCAAGCAUGGCACUGCUGGUGGACAGCGGCAGUUAUUCUGAAGCUCUAUAAAUCGAAUAUAUCUAUUGUAAAACUAACCUAUAUGCCUUUGGGGAAUUAGCACAUGUCCUGUGAAGAUCGAUGGGGUUUUGCCGCUAUCCACCAAGCUUGGAAAAGCCAGGAUACAUUAAAAAAAAAUAUAUAUUUUAAGAAAGUAAUAUACACCCAGGAUGGCUUCGGGUGAGUAGAUGGUGUAAUUUUUUAUUUUUCCUUUAAGAAAAUUAAAUUAAAAUAUGGGAGAAACUCAUGAAACAUGGGUAUUAUUUCAUCCCAAAUCAAAAUGCUAAAUAUUUUUAGAUAAAGGGGGAAAAAGCCUGCUUUAGGACCAUUAAGACGUUUAUGGAAAUUUAUAUAUAUAUAUAUAUAUAUAUAUAUAUAUAUAUAUAU